UUUCGGACUCUCUCGGGGACGCCCCCGCGGCACGCUCCGCCCCGGAAACACGCCCCCAGCCGCCUAGGCGCGCUUUUAAAACAGGCACUGUUCUAUUGUUUCGCCGGGUCGCGGCCGCCUGGGGAGCUUUGUUCUCCUGUCUUAAACCUGCUGCCCCUCGCGCACCGCGGGACCCCCCCCCCCGACCCCGCGCAGCGAUGAGGAGGACCCGCGACGAGGUGGACGCGACCCUGCAGAUCGCCAAGCUGAACGCGGCCGAGCUGCUGCCCACCGUGCACUGCCUGGCCUUCGGCCCCGGGGCCAGCGCAGCCGCCGGCGACUUCUGCCUGCUCGAGUUGGAGCCCGCGCUGUGCCAGCAGCUUGAGGCAGGACAUAGUCUUGUGAUUCGUGGUGAUAAGGAUGAGAAGGCCGUUCUGUGCAGUAAAGACAAAACAUAUGACUUGAAAAUAGCAGACACUUCCAAUAUGUUGCUUUUUAUUCCUGGUUGUAAAACUCCAGACCAGAUGAAGAUGGAAGAGACACACUGUAACAUUAUUCACACUGAGAUCUUUGGUUUUUCUAAUAAUUACUGGGAAUUAAGAAGAUGUAGACCUAAAUUAAAGAAGCUAAAGAAACUUUUGAUGGAAAAUACCUAUGAAGGACCUGACAGUCAAAAAGAAAAGGAUUCAAAUCACUCAAAAUAUACAACUGAAGAUUUGCUUGAUCAAAUUCAGGCAAGUGAGGAAGAAAUAAUGGCCCAGUUACAAGUUCUAAAUGCCUGUGAGAUUGGAGGUUAUUGGAGGAUUCUUGAAUUUGAUUAUGAGAUGAAACUUCUGAAUCACAUAACUCAGCUUGUGGAUUCUGAAUCUUGGUCUUUUAGUAAAGUUCCCUUGAAUACAUGCCUUCAGGAACUUGGACCAUUAGAGACAGAGGAAAUGAUCGGACACUGUCUUAAAUGUUAUGGAAAGAGAUAUACAGAGGAAGGUGAAGUUUAUUUUGAAUUGAGCGCAGAUAAAAUCUGCAGAGCUACAGCAGAAAUGCUACUUCAGAAUGCAGUGAAAUUCAAUCUCGCUGAGUUUCAAGAAGUGUGGCAACGGAGUGUUCCUGAAGGAGUGAUAACUAGGCUCGAUCAGCUUAAGGGUUUAGCCUUGGUGGACAGACACUCAAGACCAGAAAUCAUAUUUUUGCUGAAAGUAGAUGAUUUGCCUGAGGAUAAUCAGGAACGUUUUAAUAGUCUCUUCUCUCUGAGGGAGAAGUGGACAGAAGAAGAUAUUGCUCCAUAUAUUGAAGAUUUGUGUGGAGAGAAGCAAACCAUUGGUGCAUUACUCACUAAAUAUUCUCGAUCUUCGAUUCAAAACGGUGUUAAAGUUUAUAACUCAAGAAGACCCAUUUCUUAAAAAGAACAACAGUCUUGUCUUUGCGACUAAAGUUGCUUUGUAAAGUUGCUGGUUAUAAGAAAACUUUUUAUGUAUUUGUGUUCCAGACUUUUAAAAACCGAAUUCUUUGAGGCUUUUUUUUUUUUUUUUUUUUUUUUGGCAGUACGCGGGCCUCUCACUGUUGUGGCCUCUCCCGUUGCGGAGCACAGGCUCUGGACGCGCAGGCUCAGCGGCCAUGGCUCACGGGACCAGCCGCUCCGCGGCAUGUGGGAUCUUCCCGGACCAGGGCACGAACCCGUGUCCCCUGCAUUGGCAGGCGGACUCUCAACCACUGCGCCACCAGGGAAGCCCUUUUGAGGCAUUUUUCUCCUCAUCUUAAGCAUUUAAAAACUACUGCUCUUUUUUUCCUUAAACGUAAUAGGGUAUUUUAUAUCAAUCAGGUUAUAUUUGUAUUAUGUACACAGUGAAAACAACGACAAAAGAAAGUGUUAUUUCCUAU